UGAGAACGAUGAUUUGAGAAGUAGCUAAUUUUCAACUCGAUAACUCUAUCGAUAUAUCGAAUGAUGCAUCUACACUACACCAUCACAAGUCAGAGUAACCUCAAAAAAUAAAUACGGCGUUCCUUUCAAUUCAAAAAACGUGUUUUCGUUUUGAAUUCCGGCAUUGUGUAGGACGUGAUUUUGUGAUAAUUUUGCUCCUCAGUGAAGCGAAAUAUUCGCCGAGAGGUUGCUGGGCACUUUAAAAUUCUAGAAUAACAUCAUCUACAAACCGAACAAGCGAUGCAGGCUGAAGAAGUAAACCCUAAGGCCUACCCUUUGGCAGACGCCACACUAACGUCGAAAAUCCUCAACUUGGUGCAGCAGGCAAUGAACUACAAACAGCUGAGGAAAGGGGCCAAUGAGGUGACCAAAACAUUGAAUCGUGGAAUAGCAGAGUUCAUUGUGAUGGCUGCUGAUUCUGAACCUCUGGAAAUUCUUCUACACUUGCCUCUAUUAUGUGAGGAUAAAAAUGUACCUUAUGUUUUUGUCAGAUCAAAGCAGGCUCUAGGUAGAGCCUGUGGUGUAUCUCGCCCUGUUAUUGCAUGCAGUGUGACUGUAAAUGAGGGAUCACAGCUGAAACCUCAGAUACAGACUAUCCAACAGGAGAUUGAAAGAUUGUUAGUUUAAGUACAAAUAUUUUUGUUAGAUUAUGCUCAGUUUUCCCAUAUUUUUAAGUAUGGUGAUUGUAUUUUUUUCAAUAAUAAAAAUAAUGAAUCAGAAAUUAUUUAAAUAUCCAUGAAUCCUAGUAAUGUGAGGGAAGUGUUAUAAUUAAUACCAGUGUUGUGUUGAGUUGUUUUCUCUUAAGCAAGAAGUUAUUACAUACAUUUUAGAUCAAUUGAUUUAUCCUAAUGUAGCAAAUCUUAUUUGAACCUAGUAUCAGAUUGGGAAAGAAAAGUAGAUUUUUCAUUAAAAUAUAAUUAUUUUCCAUUAUAUCAUGUAAUAUAAUAUAUCUAAUGAACAUUAACAAUAAUAAAUUAUUUAAAUACUGGUGCAGCAAUCAUGUUCCAGUUUUCUCUC